ACACAUGUAUAAAGGCUUCCCGCCGGAAGUGAUUAGCCCUUUUCUUAGCGAUCCAACAUGGCGGACCAGGGUGAGAAGAAGGAGAACCCCAUGAGAGAGCUCCGCAUCCGCAAGCUGUGCCUGAACAUCUGUGUGGGAGAGAGCGGAGACAGACUGACCCGAGCUGCCAAGGUGCUGGAGCAGCUCACAGGACAGACCCCCGUCUUCUCCAAGGCUCGCUACACCGUGAGGUCCUUCGGUAUUCGCAGAAAUGAAAAGAUUGCCGUUCACUGCACGGUCCGUGGAGCCAAAGCAGAGGAGAUCCUGGAGAAGGGGCUGAAGGUGCGCGAGUACGAGUUGAGGAAGAACAACUUCUCCGACACGGGAAACUUUGGCUUCGGCAUCCAGGAGCACAUCGAUCUGGGCAUCAAGUACGACCCCAGCAUCGGGAUCUACGGACUGGACUUCUACGUGGUUCUGGGCAGACCCGGUUUCAGCAUCGCCGACAAGAAGCGGAAACAAGGCCGCAUCGGCUUCAAGCACCGCAUCCGCAAAGAGGAGGCCAUGCGCUGGUUCCAGCAGAAGUACGACGGCAUCAUCCUCCCCGGGAAGUAACGGCGCUCCUGCUCAUCUUCGUUCUUGUGACAAACAAAUAAACCAGAAAACUCAAAAA